AUGGCAAAUUCAUCUAUUGAAAGUGAACCAAUAGAAAUAUUAUAUGAUACUAAUGAACCAAAUUCAUCCUUUAUAUCUACAUAUGAUGCAUCACUUGAGAAUAUUUUACCAAUUCAAACAGAUCAAUUAUAUCCAACAUCAUCAUCUAUUUAUAUGGAUGCAUCUAUUUUAUCACCAAAUGAUACAUCAUUUGAUAUUUUACAAGGUUUUUCUGCACCAACACUUCCGGUUUAUAUUAAUAUGGGUGUAAAUGAACAUCCCGAUGAUGUAAAUUUUGUUGGACCUAUAACAACAACUGAUCAAACAUUAUCACAUUCAAUAGCAGCUAUUGAUGUUGAUCGUCUAUUGCCAUCGACAACAAUUCAAAGACAUAGUCAUCCUCAUCAUCAUCAUCAUCAUCAUCAUUUUCCACAUUAUCAACAAAAUCGAAAUCGUUAUCCAUAUGUACAAAGACCGAUUGUUCCAAAAGAUUCUCAUGGAACACAAGUACUCUCAACUAGUUUAGAUAAUUUAUAUUAUUAUGCACAACGACCUGCUUUUCGACGUUCUUAUUUUGCUUUAAGAAGACAACGAAUACCAAAAGGUAUAUUAAUAAAAUAA